AAUCCCACCCUUCGCAAGUUCGCAUGCAUCCAAUAGCUUUCCGUAAGACUGCACCCAAUUGUUCGCAAAGCCCUUGCCUAACACGCACGUAACGGAAACUGCAGGCCUGGGAUUUCGGCAUGGUUAAGAUGGAAAGUUGACCAGAUUCGUUUCAAAUGGAAAAUUUCCAGUAGAUGGAAGUGCGUUUCAUGACGGUUUCGUAUCUUCAUUGCCUGUUGAUUAUCCGCAUUUCAGCAGUUUAAUAUCCAGAAGUGCUUGACCUCCACUUUCUUUGAGCCAGAACAGAAACAUGGACAAUCGACCAAUGGGUGCGAAUGCCGAUCGCUUGCUCAACAAACUGAGCGGACAGAACUGGAAGGAAGGUGUUUUACCACCGCCAAAGGAUCCUCGUUGCCAGACAAGCGAUGUGCUUAAUUCGACGGCCAAAUCUUUCGAAGAAUUCGGGUUGAAGCGGGAGCUGCUGAUGGGAUUGUACGAAAUGGGAUUCGAAACACCGUCACCCAUUCAGGAGAAAGCCAUUCCGGAGGCUCUGAAAGGUGGCCAUGUUAUUGCACGUGCCAAGAACGGAACCGGCAAGACUGGUGCUUUCAUGGUUCCGGUGCUGGAGAAGAUCGACGCGACCGAUACUAGCAUUGGUCGUCCUCAGGCCUUGAUCCUGGUUCCAACCCGAGAAUUGGCACUGCAAACUUCGGCUAUCUGUAUGGCCAUGGGAAAACAUCUGAAUGUCAAGGUCAUGGUUUCCACUGGUGGCACGGAUCUGAUGGAGGAUAUUCUGCGACUGCAGCAAGUUGUGCACGUCAUUGUGGCUACACCUGGACGUAUCCUAGAUUUACUGAUGCCCAAGAUGGACUUCGAAACCGGAACCGAGCAUCGUUUGAUCAACAGCUCGGCUUGCAACAUCGCUGUCCUGGAUGAAGCCGACAAGCUACUCUCGCAGGACUUUGGACAAAUGGUCAAUCAGAUUCUCAUGGAACUUCCGUCGGAACGACAGAUUCUGUUGUUCUCUGCAACAUUCCCCGUUUCGGUCGAGAGCUUCAAGGCUCGUCUGAAGGCUCCGAAGGUUAUCAACUUAAUGAACGAACUGACUUUGAAAGGGAUUUCCGAAUUCUACGUCUAUUUGGAAGAAAGACAGAAGGUCCAUUGUUUGAACACUCUUUUUUCCAAACUGGAGAUUCGCCAAGCGAUCAUAUUCGUUAAUUCCUCCAAACGCGCUGCUCUGUUGGCGAAGAAGAUCGUGGACUUGGGAUACUCAUGCUUCUACAUUCACUCUCGGAUGAGUCAAGAUCAUCGUAACAAGAUCUUCCACGACUUCCGAAACGGAGAUGUGCGCAAUCUGGUCUGCACCGAUCUGUUCACUCGAGGAAUUGACGUUCGUGCUGUGAAUGUGGUUAUCAAUUUCGACUUUCCGCGCAUGUCCGAAACCUACUUGCAUCGCAUUGGACGAUCGGGCCGCUUCGGUCAUCUGGGCAUCGCUGUUAAUCUGAUCACCGAUGCCGACCGCGACAGUCUGCACCGUAUUGAACGCGAACUGGGCACGGACAUUAAACCUAUUCCCAAAGAAAUCGACAAGCGUCUGUAUGUGGCUGCUUAUCAGACCAGCGGCGAUGCUGAUGAGAUUCUCAAGAGUGUUAAAAUCAAAAUGGAGGAACUGAGUUUGAAGGCUGGACCCGGAAUGCCCAUCCCGGGAGCAACCGGUACCGCUCAGCAACAAUUGGGAAUGUCUAGCGCCUGUUAGAAAUUGAUUUCGGUCAGGUUUCUUGUUUUGUAUGCAUGUCGGCUACAGCCUCUCUGUUAUGCUUUGUAUGUUUGCUUUCCUUUCUUCAAUUACUUCCGUUUUCCUUGUUCUAAUAAUUUUUAAAGAAUCAUUGUCGAUAUCGUUGCCUUCUAGAUUUUAUCGUUCGUUACAGUUUUAUCGUACUCGUCAGAAUCUUUCAUGUCCUGCUGUUGUCUAAUUUCUACAACUUCGCUCAGCGUUAUGCCGGUGCUGUUCUAACGUGGUAAAAACAAAUUUCCCUUCGAA